UUCAUAAUAUAUAAGCAAUAAGCCUCUCACCACCCUUAACUUAGCCUUAUUAACUUCCUCUCUCAACAAAACAAAUGUCUCAAAUUCAAGAAAAAUCACCCCAACAUUGUGCCAAAAAGAAAGUUAUAAACAUCAACAAGCAUCAUAAAAAACUAAUCUACACAUUCACCACCUUUCUCCUCUCAAUCCUCUUACUCAUACUUGUUAUAUGGUUCAUACUUCACCCCUCCAAACCAGAGUUUGCCCUCAAAGAAGCCGAAAUUUACCAACUCGGUCUCUCGGGGUCUCACCUUCUCAACUCAUCCAUUCAAAUCACUCUUCUUUCAAAAAACCCGAAUCAAAAAGUUGGUAUUUACUACGACGAAAUCCAAGUUUACGCUUCUUAUAAAGGCCAACGGAUAACGCUUGAUUCGUCUAUCCCUCCUUUUUAUCAAGAAAACAAGGAUACCAAUCUUUUAUCAAUGGUUUUAGUUGCAAACGAGUUACCCGUGGACCCAUCUUUCGGUUAUGAAAUGGGUCGCGAUCAAAUGGUGGGAAGGUUGGUGUUAAAUUUAAAGUCGAAUGGUCGACUACGAUGGAAGGUAGGAACUUGGGUUUCUGGCAGGUAUAUGUUUAUUGUAAAUUGUGUGGUUGUUUUGCCUUUUGGUUCAUCUGCUGCACCUGCAGGUCCAUUGAUUUCUAAGCAAGGGGCUCAGUGUUUGACUACAGUUUGAGCAGCAAAUACUAGUAUAUAUAUAUAUAUAAGUUGGUGUUGAUUUGAAAAAAUGAAGAGUUUUCUUUAAUUAAAUAUGUAAAUUUAUAGUAAAGUGUUUAUGAUUGGUUUGUAAUUUGUAUAAUUGUAUAGCUUAUAUCUUCUGAUAUAAUGAGAUAGUUUCUCUUUGUUCUAUA